ACCUUCCUGCAGACCGCACUUAGCCCUUCGUCCCAACGUGCCCAUCCCACUGCCCUGCUUCCUUUUCCCUUUGGCAGCGCUCUUAUCCACAACACUGUUCGGUGGCUCAUCCUUGUUGUCCGCCUCCCACUCUGAAAGAUAAAUUCCAGGGAAGAGGGGCUUGUCUGUUUAGUUCCCUGCCGUGUAUAUAGCCCAGCACUCAGAAUCGGGGCCGGCAUAUGCUAGGCCCUGCAGAAGGGGUGAGUGAACAAACGAAUGGAAGCCUGAAGUCCUUCUGACCCCUCUGGCCUUCAGGGGUUCUCCUAGCUCUGCCUGACGCUUGGGGGUUCCCCCGGCCUGCCCUGCCCACUGCCUCCUGCAUUUGCUCACAAUAGUCCCAGGUCACCCCCUCCUAAUGCCCCUCCCCCCUCCCCCCUCCUCUCCUCUCCCGGAGCUCAAGCCCUCAGCAGACCCUGCUGCUCUCAGGGUGUGCACCGUGCCUGUUGUGGCCUGCUCCUGCCAUUGUGUGCACACUGUGUAAUCACAGCAGCUUUGGUUGCUCUGACAACCAGGCGCUGCCGCGUUCCAGGCUCCGGGCUGCACACGUUCCGCCUGCACCUCGCACGGUGCUCGCCCCAAGGCCCGGAGGCUGCGGCCGUUACUUCCCUCUAGCGCAUUAGCGCUCAGAGGCUCACCCCAAGGCCGGCCGGAAGUAGUGGAACCAAGAUCUGAACCCAGGACUAUGAAUAGAGCUUGAGUUCUUAACCACCAAGCACAGCUCUGAGCCUUAUGGGGAAGGCCAGACUGAAAGCACAACCCCCCCCCCGCCCCCACCCAGAAACCCACCUGUGUGCUGUGCUCUGACCUUUCUUUUUUAGAAGCAUUUUUUUUAUUAACUUAUUGUUUUAUUUUUUUUAAUUUACAUCCAGAUUAGUUAGCAUAUAGUGCAACAAUGAUUUCAGGAGUAGAUCCUUAGUGCCCCUUAUCCAUUUCGCCCGUCCCCCCUCCCACCACCCCUCCAGCCACCCUCAGUCUGUUCUCCAUAUUUAUGAGUCUCUUCUGUUUUGUCCCCCUCCCUGUUUUUAUAUUAUUUUUGUUUCCCUUCCCUUACGUUCAUCUGUUUUGUCUCUGAAAGUCCUCAUAUGAGUGAAGUCAUAUGAUUUUUGUCUUUCUCUGACUCUCUAAUUUCACUUAGCAUAAUACCGUCCAGUUCCAGCCACGUAGUUGCAAAUGGCAAGAUUUCAUUCUUUUUGAUGGCCGAGUAAUACUCCAUCGUAUAUAUAGACCACAUCUUCUUUCUCCAUUCUCCCGUCAGUGGACAUUUGGGCUCUUUCCAUCCUUUGGCUAUCGUCGAGAGUGCUGCUAUAAACAUGGGGGUGCAUGCGCCCCUUCGAAACAGCCCACCUGUAUCCCGUGGAGAAAUUGUGCUCUGACUUUUCUAGGUCUUCAACCCCCAAGUCACUUGUAAGCCCUGGGCCCAGACCAGGCAAGGCGAGUCAUGUGAAGGGGUGCCCCAAACUCCAAUAAUCAAGGCAAAUCACAUUUAAAAACAUCAAAAUCCAUGCAAAAUCCACUUCUGUCGCCAAAAAUAUAAAGACGGGAUCGGUUUUACUCGUUCCUUCUGCCUCGGGCUCCAGUAUGGCGCAGCCGCAGACCCCAUCCCGUCUUUAAAAUCCUGACGCUUUGCGGCCUCCUCUUUGGUGUUAACUUUUAUUUCUUUAAAUAGCACGUUAAAUGUUUUUCCCUCGCUCGACUGCUGGGUUUUCUGGUGCCUCACCCUGGCCCAGGCCCCCACCGCACCCCCCCAACCCCGGCGCCCCUUCCCACUUGCCCACUUCCGGCAGGGGGCUGAGUGGGCAGGAAACCAGUGUCCUGCCCAGCCCGGGACCAGGCCCACCCCCCUGGAGCCGCAGCUAGUGCGAGCAAACACAGGCACUGUGGCUCCCAGGGGCGGCCUGGGCACUGCGGCCGAAUGCACUGUGUUGUAUUUACAGUAGGCCUGCUGAGGUCCGUGGGGUGCCAUCGUCUGGGCCUAGCCCGCACAGGUCAGCUCCCAGCCCUCCCCAAGUUCUCGGAGUUGCCGCUCCCGUCGCGUCCUGGAGGCCAACUUCUGAUCUGCCCUUGCGUUUCCUUUCGUCCCUCUUUUUGCCACAGAGAUGCCCUCCCUGCUCCAGCCCUGCUCUGGGCUCAGGACGCGGAGGCCGACACAGUGGAGGGAAAUGCCUCCCGUCUCCCUCAGGCCUCCUCCUCUCCACCUGGGUGGGGCCUCCCAGGAAGCCUGGAGCGUGUUCUUCCCCACCCCUGCCCUUGCCAGGUGUCCCGGCCCCUUGCGCCCGCCAGCACCCCUGGCCUUGGCUUGGCCUCCUCCGACCCGUUCACGCGGAGCACGUCUGGUGCCGUGGGUGUGGGUGUGGGUGGGCGUCCACAGUGUGGAGAAACUGAGGCCCAGAGAAAUCUUUGGCCACACUUGAGGGAAGGAAGUCAUGGUUCGUGGCAAAGAACGUGUCCUUGGAGGGAAAAGGGACUUGGGUCCUGGAUCGCCUGGGGGAUCUGGAGUGAGUGCAGGAGGGAGGGGGGACGCCGAGAGGGGCCGUGGGCAUGCCAGUCUGACACUCCAGAGCGGGGUCUGCAAUCUGGGGCCUCAUCGCUGUGUUCUCCACCCCCCUGCCCCCACCCCGGCAGAUUCUCGUCCUCCUGUAAAAGGACUGAGGAAGACCAUGAAUGAGGCGAAGGAGUCCCUGCGAGGCAUCGAGCAGAAGUACAAGCUGUUCCAGCAGCAACAGUUCACGUUCAUCGCUGCUCUGGAGCACUGCAGGGAGAACGCCCACGACAAGAUCCGGCCCAUCUCCAGCAUCGCACAGGUGCAGAGCUACAGGGAACAUCACUGCAACAACUCCACGGACCGGCGCAUUCUGCUCAUGUUCCUGGACAUCUGCACAGAGCUAAACAGGCUGUGCCAGAACUUCGAGGCCCUGCACUCUGGCACCCCGGUCACCAACAACCUGCUCGAGAAGUGCAAAUCCCUGGUUAGCCAAAGCAAUGACCUAAGCAGCCUGCGAGUGAAGUACCCUCACGAUGUGGUGAACCACCUCAGCUGUGACGAGGCUAGGAACCACUACGGAGGCAUCGUCAGCCUCAUCCCCAUGGUCCUAGACUUGAUGAAAGAAUGGAUCGCCCACUCGGAGAAGCUGCCCCGCAAAGCUGUGCAGCACGGGGCGACUUAGAUUCUGUAUUCUUGCUUCCUCGGGGGCGACCGUCAAGAAUAAAAAAUGUUCUCCCA